GCCGCCGGCGGGGCUGGAGGGGCGUCAACGGGGGGCUCGAGCCGCGCCCCGCGCCCUCGCAGCGAGAACCGCACGGCUACCGCCCGCCGCCCUUCUCGCCGGGACCCGACAUGUGAGUACCCGGCCGGCGGCAGCCCGCGGCGGGGCGCUGGCCGGGGGCCGGGAAGGCGCGCCCCCGGGCUCCCCGCGACGUGCCCGGGACCCCCACGCCCCGCCCGGCACUGCAAGGCAGUUCGAUUCCGGGCGACUUCGGGGGGAACAAACCUCGGCCGGGGGCUCGCCCCCUUGGUCCUACUCUGUAGAGGGACUUGGGGGGCGCCGAAGGCGUGGCGGGGGCUCUGUCCCGACUCAAUUGCGCGAAACAGCCCCGCGGACAGACACAACAGACGCCAGACGCGCUUCCCAGGGAGCUGACACUUCCUCUCCUACCACCGAGGACGCGUGGACUCUCCGUGGGCUGGGGACCCUUCGGAAAAUGGACCCUGGGGUCCCCAAGCCCACCCGGGGAGGCCAAAGAAGUGGAAGGUCCAUGGAGGGAAGCCCGUCCUUGAGGCGCAAGACGGUGAUGCGGGAGAAGGGCCGGCGCCAGGCCGUCCGGGGCCCUGCCUUCAUGUUCAACGACCGGGGCACCAGCCUCACAGCGGAGGAGGAGCGCUUCCUCGACGCCGCCGAGUACGGCAACAUCCCUGUGGUGCGCAAGAUGCUGGAAGAGUCCAAGACGCUGAACGUCAACUGCGUGGACUACAUGGGCCAGAAUGCGCUGCAACUGGCCGUGGGCAAUGAGCACCUGGAAGUGACCGAGCUGCUGCUCAAGAAGGAAAACCUGGCGCGCAUCGGCGAUGCCCUGCUGCUCGCCAUUAGCAAGGGCUACGUGCGCAUCGUGGAGGCCAUCCUCAACCACCCCGGCUUCGCGGCCAGCAAGCGCCUGACCCUGAGCCCCUGCGAGCAGGAGCUGCAGGACGACGACUUCUACGCCUACGACGAGGACGGCACGCGCUUCUCACCCGACAUCACCCCCAUCAUACUGGCGGCACACUGCCAGAAGUACGAGGUGGUGCACAUGCUGCUGAUGAAGGGCGCCAGGAUCGAGCGGCCGCAUGACUAUUUCUGCAAGUGCGGGGACUGUAUGGAGAAGCAGAGGCACGACUCCUUUAGCCACUCGCGCUCGAGGAUCAAUGCCUACAAGGGGCUGGCCAGCCCGGCGUACCUGUCCUUGUCCAGCGAGGACCCCGUGCUCACCGCCCUGGAGCUCAGCAACGAGCUGGCCAAGCUGGCCAACAUAGAGAAGGAAUUCAAGAAUGACUAUCGGAAGCUCUCCAUGCAAUGCAAAGACUUUGUAGUGGGUGUGCUGGAUCUUUGCCGAGACUCGGAAGAGGUAGAAGCUAUUCUCAAUGGAGAUUUGGAGUCGGCAGAGCCCCUGGAGGUGCACAGGCAUAAAGCGUCGUUGAGUCGUGUCAAACUUGCUAUUAAGUAUGAAGUCAAAAAGUUUGUGGCUCAUCCCAACUGCCAGCAGCAGCUCCUGACCAUCUGGUACGAGAACCUCUCUGGCCUUCGGGAACAGACCAUCGCCAUCAAGUGUCUGGUUGUGCUGGUGGUGGCCUUGGGCCUUCCGUUUCUUGCCAUCGGCUACUGGAUCGCACCUUGCAGCAGGCUGGGGAAAAUUCUGCGAAGCCCUUUUAUGAAGUUUGUGGCACAUGCUGCCUCUUUCAUCAUCUUCCUGGGCCUGCUUGUGUUCAACGCCUCAGACAGAUUCGAAGGCAUCACCACGCUGCCAAAUAUCACUGUCAUUGACUAUCCCAAACAGAUCUUCAGGGUCAAAACCACCCAGUUCACGUGGACCGAAAUGCUAAUUAUGGUCUGGGUUCUUGGAAUGAUGUGGUCUGAGUGUAAAGAGCUCUGGCUGGAAGGACCUAGGGAAUACAUUUUGCAGUUGUGGAAUGUGCUAGACUUUGGGAUGCUCUCCAUCUUCAUUGCUGCUUUCACGGCCAGAUUCUUAGCUUUCCUUCAGGCAACGAAAGCGCAACAGUAUGUGGACAGUUAUGUCCAAGAGAGCGACCUCAGUGAAGUUACUCUUCCACCAGAGAUACAGUAUUUCACUUAUGCCAGAGAUAAAUGGCUCCCUUCCGACCCUCAGAUCAUAUCUGAAGGCCUCUAUGCCAUAGCCGUUGUGCUCAGCUUCUCUCGAAUCGCGUACAUCCUCCCUGCGAAUGAGAGCUUUGGCCCCUUACAGAUCUCUCUUGGAAGGACAGUGAAGGACAUAUUCAAGUUCAUGGUCCUCUUUAUUAUGGUGUUUCUUGCCUUUAUGAUUGGCAUGUUCAUACUUUAUUCUUAUUACCUUGGGGCUAAAGUAAAUGCUGCUUUUACCACUGUAGAAGAAAGUUUCAAGACUUUGUUUUGGUCAAUAUUUGGCUUGUCCGAAGUGACUUCUGUUGUGCUCAAAUAUGAUCACAAAUUCAUAGAGAAUAUCGGAUAUGUUCUUUAUGGAAUAUACAAUGUAACUAUGGUGGUCGUUUUACUCAACAUGCUAAUUGCUAUGAUCAAUAGUUCAUAUCAAGAAAUUGAGGACGACAGUGAUGUAGAAUGGAAGUUUGCGCGUUCGAAGCUUUGGUUAUCUUAUUUUGAUGACGGAAAAACGUUACCUCCACCCUUCAGUCUAGUUCCUAGUCCCAAGUCAUUUGUUUAUUUCAUCAUGCGGGUCAUUAACUUUGCCAAAUGCAGACGGAGAAGGCUACAGAAGGAUAUAGAAAUGGGAAUGGGUAACUCAAAGUCCAGGUUUUCAAAGUGCUUUGCUGUACACUUGAACCUCAUGCAACACUGUGAGUUAAACCUCUUCACUCAGUCUAACUCAAGAGUUUUUGAAUCACACAGUUUUAACAGCAUUCUCAAUCAGCCAACACGUUAUCAGCAGAUAAUGAAAAGACUUAUAAAGCGGUAUGUUUUGAAAGCACAAGUAGACAAAGAAAAUGAUGAAGUUAAUGAAGGUGAAUUAAAGGAAAUCAAGCAAGAUAUCUCCAGCCUUCGUUAUGAACUUCUGGAGGACAAGAGCCAAGCAACUGAGGAAUUAGCCGUUCUGAUUCAUAAACUCAGUGAGAAACUGAAUCCCAGCAUGCCGAGAUGUGAAUGAUCAGUAACCUGGAAUUAUGGCUUUGACUAUAUAGCACAAAUGUGGGCAAUAAUCUUUCUAAGUGUGAAAUACUUGAAAAACUAUGGUGUAAAUUUUUAGUAUUAACUACCUUUAUCAUGUGAAUCUUUAAAAGUUAGGUCUUAAUGAUUUUACUGUUUUAUCACAUGCAAAUGGUCUUCAUUUUAAUUGUCUGCCUUGACAAUUACAAACAAUGACAUGCCAUUGUAUUUAAAGCCCCAAUAUUACUACAUUACUGACAUCUUUGUCCAUUUUAGAAUAAACUCUGUCUUUGCACUGCCUGUUUGCCUCCAAGAGACCGUAAGCUCCUUGCAGACAGGGACCAUGUCUUAUUCAUCUUUGUGUCUCCAGCAUCUAGUAAAGAACCUGGUACAUAGUGGGUGCUCAAUAAAUGUUGUUGAAACCAACUGAACUGCCAACAAAAUACAAAUAAAAAUGAAAAGGCCAUCACUAUGUAGCAUACUUGUCCAAGUGCUAAAGAGAUUUUUUUUAAAAAAGAAACUGGAGAAAUUUUCCAAGCAACUAUCACUUGGUCAGAUUUUCUUAGCAUUUUUUGGCUUCACUGAUAAUCCUAGAACCUUUGAGCCCUGAAUGAAGAAUAUAACAAUGAAAUGGAUUAAUAGAAAAUAUAAAUACAUUACAUACUUAGGUUUCAUAGAAUUGUUCAAAACAACACAUUAAAGAUUUUUCUAAAGUAUAAACUGUUCGCUUUCUGUCUUAGAUUUCCAUUUGUUCUGUUUUAGUAAUGUGAAUUUCAUCAGAGGGGUGGUGAGUUUUUUAAAGUUGGGGGUUACCCAGGGUUGUUAUUUUGUUAUAACCUCCUAAUUUCUGCCUCUGAUGCUUUAAUGCUAAGGAAGAUAUCAAUAACUGACUUCAUAUCUUGCCCCCUAUUAGCUCCAUUCUAAGUUUUGGAGGGUCUGCUUAUGGGAAGAAAUAGGAAAGAGCAGUGGCUGUGCACCUGGAGAGGCAGGGCCAAGCAUCACCAGGUGUGUUGCAUUUCCCUUUGAGGCGUCUCCUGCCGUCAUUGCUUACAAUGAUUGACAUCCUUUUUCUUAUCAAAGCAUUUCAGUUACACUGUCUACACAAAAUAGAUUGGGGAGUAUCUGUAUCCAACUUAUUAUAUAACUGAGCUGAAUACUGGUAAUAGCCGCAAUGCCUCAUGACUUUAAUAGGAAAGAAGACACAGGCAGGUAAGUUCUCUCAUCUCUUCACAGACCAUCAAACAGUCAAAGUAUUUUUUUUAACUAGCUGGGUUUAAAUCUCUCAUAGAGUUAUGCUUCACAUCCUGACGCUCUUCCGUCUGUUCCUGUCAAGUCUUACAGGAAUACAAACUGUGAUCAUAGCUCAAAGAUAGUUUUAUGGGUCCUAAAAACCAACCAAAUACAUGGUACUUUAAAAGUCAGUUCUCUCACAUGGGAAGGCUUUCUAGACACAAAGACUGAAAUGAAGAACAUUAAAUGGAACUACGUAAAGCUCUUUAGAGAUUAUUUCUUAAUUUCUACUUUUAGGGACUUAAUUAAAUUAAGAAAAGAACUUUAUACAUUUUUGCUACCAUUGUAGAAUUUUUCAUUGACUUUUGUGCUAUGCUAAUAGUAUUUGGUCUUCAGUGUUUUUCAGACUUUAUGUUGUGCCUCAGAACUGAAUAAACAUUAAAUUUUUUCAUUGUUAUAUGUUACCAUAUUAUAUUAAAACAGUAAAGACAUGGAGUUUCCAUAAUAAACAAUACUUUCAGUCUUACAGUAUUGUCUAGGAUUCCAGGUGUGCAAAUUUUUGUUUCUAUCGAUGGAACAGAAUAUUUAGUAAUAUUCCUAAUUGGGGUUGGAAAAAUAUUGAAAGGAAAAGUGUCAGAUUUAGCGUGGGACAUUCUUGAAUGAAGAAUCAGUUGAGACUUGAAUGAAGAUAAAUCUCACAGCAUCUAUGCCAUGUGAGUACAUACAUUAUUUUUUUGAUUUUUAGUCCAUGCCUCCCACAAAUGUAGAGCUUUCAACAUAGGUUGUUUUUCCUUUCUUUACUAGGCUUAUGUAAAACUGGUGUGUUUUUGAUCUUUCAUUUUUCCCUUCAUAGUUUCUAGGUGGUUGUCAAGAAGGGACAUGUGAUGCCAAGGUGUGGUGGAUGCUAUCGAUGUUGUUGAUGCCCUGCUCAGAUGCCCUUUAAUGGGCCAGUGCAUGCAUCUCUCAGAUAAUGACAUUGCCACAGCAUGGCUUGAUGAGCAGUGUGUAGGUCCGCAGUGUGGGUCCCAGGAUCCCAACCUGUGAACCCUGAGCUGCCAAAAUGGAGUGCAUGAAUUUAACCACUAUGCCACCAGGCCAGCCCAGCAUCCAAAUCUUGUUAGGAUUUGCUCCUAGGAAACCCACCCUAAGAUAUACGAAAAAGGAAAGGCGGCAACACUCAAAUUGCAUCUUAGGCUUACUGUUUAAAAAAUUUGGCACUUUAUAAUGCUUCUACAUUAACUUUACUGAAGACCCUUCACUUGAUGGAACUCACAAUAUGUUGAGAAGCAUGGAUUCAUAGACUUGAAAUAAAAUAGAGAACUAUGCAAAAUAGUAUCCCGUAUCUUCAAAGAGUUCUGUGCAUUAUGAAAACUUAGAAAUGACAUAAAUAUGUUGUGAUUAUUAAAAGCAAAUUUAGUACAAUGUAGGAUAACUGUAUUACCAAUCAUGUCCAAAAUAUUUCGAUUUUGAAUGCUUAAGCCAAAUGAAAGCAGCUUUUGUAAAUGGGAAGGUCAAGUGUCUAAUGGACAAUAUCUAAAGAGAACUGAAGGCACAUUGCUUUUUAAUCCUGUGGCCUGGGACAAAUCGCUUAACUUCUCUGGUCUGAGACCUUGUUCAAUCUCCUAUAGCAACAGCAUAAGAGACAGGUUCCUGGUCUCUGGGCAUCAUAGAAGUGUUUUAGCAGGUGAUAUCAUCAUCCAAGGUGGUCAUGAUCUCUUUCUCAAUGUCCUUCUUUUUUAAAAUCAAUCUAAAAGGGUUAUUUAUUAAUUUUUUUCUUUUUAAAACUAGUUUGACAGUUUCAAAACUGGUACCACGUUAGUGGAGACCAAUGUAUACUCAUGACUCAUUCACUCAGCUGACCACCUCUAGCUCUGUUGGUUUUAACUUUAAUACAAUUUAAAUUGCUUUUAUUCUUAGUCAUAAGUUGUUUACUUUAUACUCAUCAUGGUUUCUUUAAGACCACAACAUAGGUUAUAAGUUACUGAAGUGCAUGAUAAUUCUGUAAAUUUGUCUCCAGGCGAUUUUUCUCAUAUCUGAGAUGCAGUUAUUUUCUGUUUUUUUAAUGUAGCCCACCAAGAUGUCUCUAGUACCUUAAAAUGUGUUUAAAAAGAGAAAAUAUAGUGGCAAUUUUGUCUAACUUUGCAUUUCAUUUAUUGUGAAUAAAAAGUCCCCCCACUAAUUAUUUGAGAAAUGCUUAAAAUUAGUAGUUUGAAACCUUUGCUAAUCAUUUAGAAACAAAACACAAUGCUUAAAAAAUAAUAAAUCACUUGCCUUUUCUAGAUGCAAAAUGAAAGAAUUCCACAUAUCAUAUUAUACAAGCUCUUUUCAUCUAUUUCUGAUGCUAUGUCAUAGCCUCAUUCCAAUGUUUUAAAAUAAAUUUGAUCUUCCAAACAAACUCUUUUCUUUUACACAAUUAACUUAAGGUAAAAUAAACAGUGAGUGCAUUACUUGUUAAAUGGAAAAGAAGCCUUGCCAGUAUAUGUUUUUAUU